AUGUCUUGGUGUAAGAAGAAUAUACAAGAACGUUGGGAAAAGCGAUUCGCUUUACGAGUCGCAGAGCACGACGAAUCCAUUCUUGUAUGGAAUUGGUUUUCAGCUGCUGAACUUGGAAAAACUGUUACCGAGUACUGGUCGGCAUGGUAUGAACAUGCCGAGAAAGGUUUGUAUAGUGCAGACUCGUCCAGACCCCUUAUCAAACCAGAUCCAAAUUACGUUCACGACCUCGAUGAUGUUCGCCCGGAGCUGUUCACACAGAUCCUCGUGGACGGAGAAACUGAGUUCGUACCGGAUUUGAGGAAGAUAGGACUACUCGGAAGUCGUUGGAUAGUAUCGCGAAAACGCAAUACUAAUCUUUUCGACCUUGCAAAUGUGUGGAAGAAAACAGUCUUUCGUAAACUGGAUGAAGACAUCGCUGAAAAAGGUGGUGUUGUUCCCGAAACUCAAAACGUUAAUGAAACUUAUCAUUCUGCUUUAGUUGAAGCUGCUGAACAGAUAAGUAUCGAAAGUGAUAACGAGAUAAUACUUCAUAGACGUUCAAUCUCACAAGAGAGGGAACAUCCAGAAUUCGGCAGAAUAUCCAAAUCUUACAACCGAUGA